AUGCGUUUCUCUCUUUCUCUCCUCGGCCUUGUUGCCGCAGGCUCCAUUGCGGCCGCCCAUCCUUCUCAGGAGCCUCGUCCUUGUAACGCUGGGCCUUCUGCAGAACUCGACGUCUUGUCCAACGAGUUGGCCAACAAGCUGUCUACGGACUCGUCUGAGAUCCAAGCUACGACUGAGGUUACGACCUACUUCCAUGUCGUUGCCGCCAGCAUGUCGCCAGCUGAUGGCUACAUCUCGGACAAAAUGCUCCAGGACCAACUCGCAGUCAUGAACAAGGCCUACGCACCCCACGGCUUCAGCUUCAAGCUCGCAAACACUACUCGAACCAUCAAUGCUGGCUGGGCAUCUGGUGGAGACGAACUUCAGAUGAAAUACGCUCUCCACAAGGGAAAAUAUUCUGAUCUCAACGUCUACUUUAUGAAGAAACUCGCGGACGGUACCACUGGAAACUGCCCUUACCCAUCGAACCCUUACCCUGGCACUCCUGGUUAUGUCAAAGACGGCUGUAUGGUUUUGGCCUCGACCGUUCCCGGCGGUAGUCUCGCAAAGUUCAACCUUGGCCUGACCACCGUCCAUGAAAUCGGUCACUAUAUGGGACUAUACCAUACCUACCAAGGCGGAUGUAGCAGCACCCUGGGCGACCGUGUUUCCGAUACCCCAGCCCAAAAAGACGCAAGCAGUGGCUGCCCAACUGGCCGUGACUCGUGCCCCAUGGAACCCGGCCUUGACCCUAUCCAUAACUACAUGGACUCCUCUGACGACUCCUGCCGUACCGAAUUCACCCCCAACCAGGCAAAGCGUAUGCGGGAAAUGUACAACCAGUACAGGGCGGGAAAAUGA